GCAGGCUGAACAUCCGUAAGAGCUACAACAACUGAAAUAGCAGGAACGACGUGAACAUCUUGGAGUGGUUGCGGAGUGACAACAUCUUGCCCCCGGCCGUAACAUCAUGGCAGAACCGGAACAAGCGCCCGAACAAACGAAGACAACUGCACAGGGUAAACAAAUUAUUGCAACUAAAGUCACAGGAACUGUAAAAUGGUUUAAUGUGAAGAGUGGCUAUGGUUUUAUAAACAGAAAUGACACCAAGGAAGACGUUUUUGUACAUCAGUCUGCUAUAAUUAAAAACAACCCUAAGAAAGCAGUUCGUUCAGUAGGUGAUGGCGAAGUUGUGGAAUUUAGUGUUGUGGUAGGGGAAAAGGGCAAUGAAGCUGCCAAUGUAACUGGUCCAAAUGGUGAACCGGUGAGAGGCUCACCGUAUGCUGCAGAUCGUAGACGGGGAGCUUAUCGUCAAUGGUUCUUCCCACGUAGAGGAGGUCGUGGUGGUCCUCCUAGAGGAGGUGGACGACGGCCGAGACCACCAAUUCAAAAUGAUGAUGGGGUGAAAGAUAACAGCAUGAUACAGGGAGGCGGUGGAGGUGCUCCCCCGCGUCGCUACAGACCCAGACGUGACCGCGGUGGUUACGGAGGUGGCGGUGGCGGAGGCGGAUAUGGAAACAACUAUUACCGCUCUUAUCGGGGUCCGCCACGCAGUGACGAGGAACAAGUGGAAGGAGAUGGACCGCGCGGCCGUCGACCUCUGAGGCGCUUUUUCCGUAGAAACUUCCGGGGCGGCCGUGGAGGCGGUCCCAGACGGCCCCAGUCGCAGGACGGACAAGGAGGUGGUGAACAAAGUGGCGGCGAAGAAGGUGGAGUAAACCGAGGCGGGCCACAGCGUCGUUAUCGUAGGCGUGGAGCGCCACGUCGCUCUCGCUCGCGCGGUGGGAACUCUCAGUCUGAAUCGAUAAAUCAGAAAGGUGAAGAGUCCGGUAAUGCUACUGCCCAAUUGCAGGAAAGCCAACUAGUUCAGAAUACAACUACAGAAAGUACAGCUUAAGUAAUUUUACAGAUCUGUUGAUAAAUUUAAUUUAACCAACCUUUUUAUUAACAGCAAGUCAUCUUUGUGUGUGAGUUUCAUGAUAGCAUUAAAAAAAAUGUAAAAGGCAUUUCAAAAAAGACUAAUGAUAUAUUAUGUAUAUUGCGUUUCUGAAUGUUUUAAUAUUUUUCACAAACAUCAAAAUUGGUUUAAUGCUUCAUUUGAGCAUUCUAGUGGAAAUGUGCAAAACAUUUUUGAUACAUUUUUAUAUGAUAAUAAUGAUAUUUUUUAAACGUGUAAAUAUUUCCAUGUUGCAUCAAUGAUGGACAUAUAUUUAUAUAUAUCGGGAAUGGAAGUAUUAAACCAACAGAAGUUAUUUAAAAUAGUCUGUCUCUAAUGGUAAUUGUAUAAUUUAUGAAUGCUUUAUUCAUAUGACAUUCACAUUCAUAAUUGUUAAUUCCGUACUGCAUUUGAAAUGCCUUAGUUUGUGAGUCAGCUACUGGUGGUCUUUCUAUAUUAAAAUAAAGUAAAAAAGUUUUCAAGUAAUUUUUGACGCUCUCGCUGUACAUCUAGCGUGAGUUGUCAACAAAAAAAACAACACCUUAUGUUUGCCUUUUUCAUUGUGAAAACAGGAAAAAUUUGAAACCAAAUUAACCAAGAAAAAUACAAAAAAAUUUGCAAAAUGCGAAAACUUAGCAGAUGUUGAAACUCUCGUGUAAAUGGUAUUAAAAUUAGGUUUGGGUCUUGUUUUUUAAUUACACAUACGGGUGGUGUUUUUUUAUAUUCCUGUUUUGCCUCUCAGCUCUGUAGAAGUAUUGUGAGUUUUUUUAUCCUAAAUUUUUUGUUUUUAUUUUAGAAUUGUCGCAAAUAUGUUUAAUUUUGUCUUAAUUUUUGUACGAUUGUCUAAAUGAGAGUAAAAUAUCUGUUAGUGCACA